AUGGGUGACAAUCCUUUCAUCAAACAAAUGAACACAGAUGGGAAGUUGCUGGAUAAGAUUCCCACAAUGUCAGGAACCGAUCUAUAUGACCUGGCAGUAACCAAAGAGGGAUAUUUAGUGUAUAUUGACAAUCUGUCUAAAUACAUAAAUAUAAUGAUGAAGAGAGGCGAAAUAGGGUGUCCAAUUUUUCUUCAGGAGUGGACACCACUGGCCCUAUGCUCAUCCUCCACAGAAGGUUUACUUGUUGCUAUGAAAUCUUCUAACAGCGGACAAAGUAAAGUAGUCCGUUAUGUUGACAGUACAGCUACACAAGAUAUACAAAAUAACAGUGAAGGAAAAGCUCUAUACAGUACUCCAUUCUGUAUCGAAGAAAACAAAAACUUUGAUAUCAUAGUGAGUGACUAUGAUGUAGGAAAGGUGGUCAUUGUCGAUAAGAAUGGCAGAUUUAGAUUCAGCUAUGAUGGAAAUCUCCAGUCAAAGAGUUAUGCAAAAUUUACACCACGUACUUUAGCUACAAACCGCAUGUGCCAUAUUUUGAUAGCUGACCAAAUCAAUCGUGUUAUACAUAUCAUUGAUCAGGACGGAAAGUUCCUCUUCAUCAUUUCAAAUUGUAAAUUACAAGCUCCGUUUUAUCUAAGCACAGACAAUAGUGAUAAUUUGCUCGUUGCUGAAGGUCACUAUGGAAUAGUGAAGAUCAUAAAACUGUAA